AUGUCGGAUUUAUUCAACGCUCAAAUCUGCAGAGAAGUAUUUGACGGAAAAGGUGGAGUUGUUGCACACGCGAUAUCUAUGGGUUUCUCUACCAAUGGACCUAUCGCUGCUGCUGACAUUCACGUUGAUAACGCAGAACAAUGGUUUAUACAAUUGAAAAAAAAUCCUCCGAAUACAAUGCAUUUGCUUCGCGUGCUCGCACAUGAGAUCGGUCACGCUCUAGGAUUAGAGCACAGUUCCCGUAAGGAUGCAGUGAUGUAUGCUUACGGUUCUGGUCUAGAGCCGUAUCCCGUGGAAUUGUCCAUUGAUGACACAUUAGCUAUUCAGAAUUUAUACAGAGCCAAGAACAAUGAAGUGAUGAAUGAAAUAGCUACGACGACGACCACGACGAUAAAACCCACCGAACAAAUUCCCGAAUACUUAAGUAUAUGUGAUGCGCCGUAUAUAGAUAAUAUGUUGUUAUUAGAGAAUAAAAUGUUUAUUACGUACAAACAAUAUGCAUGGUCAAUGGGUAUAGAGGAUAAAAAAUAUAGCAAAUCAAUCGUAUUGACAGAUUAUAUGACUUUUCUUCCCAAAAAUGUUACCAUAACGGCGGCGUAUCAAAGACCCUCGGGUGAUGUUGUAUUAUUUGUGAGAAAUAAAAUUUUCUUACUUGAGUAUCCCAGUUUUACCCUGAAAUCUGGUUGGCCAAAAAAUAUCACGAAUAUAGGCUUAUCCUCGGACGCGGAAAUCAUUACCGUAAUAAAUACUAACAAGGGAAGAACUUAUAUUAUUUUUAAUGAAAACAACGUAGCCGAGAUAAAUGAAUGCACUAUGAGCGUAGUUAAAUAUUUCGCAUUGCAAACGAUAUUUCCUGUGAUUCCAAUCACUGUCCAAUCGGCUUUUCACUAUGUCGACGGUUAUAUUUAUUUUUUCGAUAAGAAACAUUUUUAUAAAUUUAACGAAUUCACAAAAACCGUUGUAAUGGCUGAUAGAUUUAAUUUAAUGCUGUUCGGUGUCGAAUAUCCGAAAAAUGGAAUAAUACAACAAUUACGCGAGUUUCUAAAUCGACUUAUUGAAGAUAAUUCCUCGCUUAAAAAAAAACCACCUAUGAUAAAGAAUGAGAAAUGUAUGAUAAAGAAUGAGAAAUGA